CCACCAUCGCACUGGUCGACCAUCAUACCCACCCAUCUGCCUCCAACCACUAUAUCAACUCCAUCAGUGACGUAACCCCCCAUCCCCUCACCCACAAGUGCCUACCCCAACCAUACCUCGCUGCCAACACCCGAUGAAACCCUCCCCCUAUCAUCUUCUUCGUCUCCUGCGCUUCUUCUUUCUCUGUCUCUCGUGAUCUUCACACAAAGCUCAAACGCGCACACACAGCAGUCCACACUCACACAAAAUCAGCUUACCGUCUAUUUUGCGUCAUCUCUUGAUUUCUUUUUCUUGUCACAAACACACGUAGAGUUUCACACUCGCACAAAAGCAGCCACCGCCACCGAAAAACCACCAAAUUCUACUAUAUUCUCCUCGCAAUUUCAACAUCCCGCAGCCCCAUCAACCAAACUCAUUGAGGUUGAUUGGUAAGAAUGGCGGAAGUGAACGAAGAAGUCAAAUCCUUUAAAGAUCUCGGAGUAUGCGAUCAAUUGGUGGAGGCUUGCGAUAAUUUGGGGUGGAAAAACCCAUCCAAGAUACAAGCUGAAGCCAUUCCUCAUGCACUGGAAGGGAAGGACCUGAUUGGGCUUGCACAAACAGGUUCCGGUAAAACUGGGGCUUUUGCAAUCCCCAUACUCCAAGCUCUUUUGGAGACUCCACAAGCAUUCUUUGCCUGUGUGCUUUCUCCAACACGGGAGCUAGCGAUUCAGAUUGCUGAACAAUUUGAAGCUUUGGGAUCUGGCAUUGGUGUGAAAUGCGCAGUGCUUGUUGGAGGCAUAGAUCAUGUGCAACAGGGUAUUGCCCUUGGAAAGCGGCCACACAUAGUUGUUGCAACACCUGGCCGCCUAGUGGAUCAUCUGUCCAAUACCAAAGGUUUUUCUCUUCGGCCAGCAAAAUACUUGGUAUUAGAUGAGGCCGAUAGGUUGCUGAAUGAAGAUUUUGAGAAAGCAAUUGAUGAAAUUUUGAAUGUUAUUCCUCGCGAACGGAAAACUUAUUUGUUUUCUGCUACUAUGACAAAAAAGGUACGGAAGCUCCAAAGGGCUUGUCUGAAGAAUCCUGUGAAGAUCGAAGCUUCAUCUAAAUAUUCUACUGUUGAUACAUUAAAGCAGCAGUAUCGAUUUGUUCCUGCUAAGUACAAGGAUUGCUAUCUUGUUUAUAUUUUGACGGAGAUGUCUGGAAGUACAUCAAUGGUUUUUACUCGUACGUGCGAUUCAACUCGCCUUCUGGCUCUGAUUCUUAGAAACCUUGGUUUAAGAGCCAUCCCAAUUAGUGGUCAAAUGAGCCAGGCAAAAAGACUUGGAGCCUUAAACAAGUUCAAGGCUGGAGAAUGUAAUAUUCUUAUCUGCACUGACGUUGCAAGUAGAGGACUUGAUAUUCCAUCUGUUGAUAUGGUUAUCAAUUAUGAUAUCCCUGCAAACUCGAAGGAUUAUAUACAUAGAGUGGGCAGAACUGCUCGCGCGGGGCGAUCUGGGGUUGCAAUCUCGUUAGUGAAUCAGUAUGAGUUGGAGUGGUAUAUACAAAUAGAGAAGCUUAUAGGGAAAAAGUUACCUGAGUUUCCAGCCCAAGAAGAAGAAGUAAUGCUACUGUGGGAGCGCGCCACCGAAGCAAAAAGGAUAUCCCAGAUGAAAAUGAAAGAAGCAGGAGGCAAGAAGAAAAGAAAGGGCGACGAUGAUGAUGGUGAGGAAGAUAUUGAUAGAUAUGUAAGUCGUAAGAAUGGGAAAUCAUUUAAGAAGGCAAAGAAGAGAUGAUGUAGCAGAUACCCUCUGCAUAUCUAGUUUGAUUUUGAUUUUGAUUUUGAGUUUGUAGUGUCUUAUUAUGGGUAUGCUUGUAAGCAAGAAAAGACCCAUUACGGUAUUUGUAAGGUGAUUUUGAUUAUGAGAUAAUAUUGUUUUUGCCAUGGUAAACAAAUGAACAUUGUUGAAGUUGGCAGAGAGGCAUUAUAUGAACCUAAACCAUUUGAUUUCUGUGGC